AUGGGUAGUAAUAUUUUCUCAGAGUUAACAUCAAUCAUGGGUGAUGCCGUGGCUCUUUCAAAUGAAAUUGGAAAAGGAGUAAAACGAACUGGAUCUGAUGAACCGCAAGGUCCUGUAAAAAAAAGUAUGGUUGAUUAUAAUCCAUCAAAAGAACCUGCACCAAUUUCCAUUCCAAAGCCAGUUGAUCAACCAAAAUUCAUCACUGCCAGUCAAAUGAUAUAUGAGAUUUCCGACGAAGAAUUACUUAAGAUGGCAGUCGAGUUCGAGAAAAAACAUCUUCAAUAA